AUGUCCCCUGCAAAGAAGCUCAAAGUAGUUGUCGUCGGUGCUUCCGGCGAGACCGGCACCUCCAUCAUGAACGGGCUGCUGGCAUCGCCGGCCCAAUUCGAAGUCAUCGCCCUGGCUCGUCCCGAAUCCGUCACCAAGGACAUCUACCAGGACCUCGGCCAACGUGGUGCUUCCGUUAAAAGCGUUGAUUUCAGCAAUAUCGAGGCGCUUACCCACCUCCUCAUGGGUACAGACGUCGUCAUCUCCUGCGUUUCGAUGGCACAGAAGGAGGUCCAGGACGCUCUCAUCGAUGCAUCCUCCAAAGCCGGUGUUGGUCGCUUCGUGCCCAGUUUCUUUGCGACGUGCUGUCCGCCGCGCGGGGUGAUGCAAGCCCGGGACGUGAAGGAAGACAGUCUCGACCAGUGCAAGCGCUUGUAUCUCCCUUACACUGCCAUCGACGUUGGCUGGUGGUACCAGUUCAGUCUCCCUCGCGUUCCCUCUGGCAAGCUGGAUGCGGUCGUUUCUUUCCCUGAUACUGUCAUCACCGGCGAUGGGAAUACCAGAACGGCCCUGACAGACUUGGCUGAUAUCGGGAAAUAUGUCGCACGCAUCAUCGCCGAUCCUCGCACUCUGAACAAACUGGUCUUUGCCUAUAACGAAGUGACUACCCAAGAUAGGGUCUGGAGAACGGUGGAGGCAAUCACCGGCGAGACGAUCCCCAGACAGUACUUGUCAAAGGGAGAGGCGGAAGAGAUAAUGGCUUCGGCUGGCCAGGCCAUCGUUGAGGACCCAACCGAUAUGGAUGCAAUUGUUACGAAGGCCAUGAUGGAGUAUAGGUACAGCCGCAGCAUUCGUGGUGACAACACCCCUGAACAUGCCGAGUACCUGGGCUAUCUCAUUGCCAAGGACCUCUACCCCGAUAUCAAUGGCAAGUCUGUCGAUAACUUCGUUCGCGAGGUGGUGGAAGGGAGCAGGGGCGCCAACCUCUACAUCGGUAGAGAUCAUCCGCUCAACAAUCUGGGAGAGUAUAAAAUCUAG